GGCCUUCCAAUGAGAUGGUUAUUGUUGGGCAAAAGCUUUUAUCAAAAGAAAAUGCCUUUACUUUUCCUUGUGAAAGCUCCAAGCUUGACAUUUAUUAUGCCUCCCAACUUUCGGAUCUUGUUCUCGUCCCAUUUAAUGAGGUUCUGUACAAAAAUAUGAUACUUCCAUGCCGAGAAGGUUACAUUGUUCAACCCAUUUUGCACACUCUACCGCAAACAGUUUAGUUGAUGCCCUAGUUUGGCAACAAUGUGGCAAUCGAGAACUGAUUUUUUUUAUAAGAUUUUAAUACUUCUUGAAACUUUUAAGAGAUUUUAGUCUCUGUGUAACUAACGCCUCGUCAAUAUUUAUAAUCAUGUCCUCCUAAUUAAUUCUCUGAAUUUUUUUUUUUUUUUUUUGAUAAAGCAAAAUAUUGAAAAAACAGAAUAGUUGAGUACUCUCAGAUCAACGAUUGGAAUGACUGUUAACAAGGAAGUAUUGCGUUGAGUUAGGUUUCUUUUCUUUUUUAUUAUUCUCUUUUAAGCAGUCCUUCAGCUCAUCAAUGUGUGUUUCCAUUUCAUGUAAUACCUGCUCAUAACUACCUCCAUUUUUGCCUUUAACUUAAUUAAGAAAUUUUAACAGAAAUACGGAAAACUCAUUUUCGAAUUCUUAUUUCUUUGUCAUAGGUUUUGGAUUAACGAUACAGAUAAUGUGGUGUGUAGCUAUUUUUUGCGAUAAUGGUGAUAUCAGGAUCGUAUGUCAAAAAUGGCUUGUCGAAUCUACAGAAGGCAAUGUCCGAUGUUGGUAUCCAACUGCUAUUGAUGGCAACAAAUGGAACCGUCUGUUGGCGGAAAACACAGGUCCUGAUCAAGAGAACUGGGAAAUGGUAGCAAUUGAAAUCCUAAAGGACAAAAUAGGAACCCUCAUCGAUGCUCGAAAAAUAGCUAAAAAAGCUGAGGAUGAAGAAACAAGCUUAUCCCUCACUGAACCGGAAAACAUGGGUCGGGGGCGAAGAAAAAAGAAGAGCAGCCAAAGGGUCUUGUCUCUUUCUUCUAGUGAUGAAGAAAACCCUUCCGCACUAUCAACAGUUUCGAAGAGGUCUCGACGACAAGAGGAGCCACCUCGAUCACUCCUAAGGAUACAAUCCCUUAAGUGGCCUACCAGUUGUAUUGAUAAAGCUGGUAGACUACCAUUUUCAGAUCUAAAUCAAAUUAGUAGACCGCAAGGUGUUGCAUCUUCAACUCAGAAACCACCCCCCUCCUCUAGUAAUGCUCCCAAGACUACCCACAAGACUGGUACACCCCAGCCUCCGAGCCAUUUUCAAAAUUCCAAUCAAGUGAAGGGCUUCGCUGCCUCAACUCAGAAGCCACCCCCCUCCUCUAGUAAUGCUCCCAAGACUACCCACAAGACUGGUACACCCCAGCCUCCAAGCCAAUUUCAAAAUUCCUAUAAAGUACAGGGUUUUGCUGCUUCAACUCAGAAGCCAACCCCCUCCUCCAGUCAUGCUGCCACGACCACUGAUAAGACUGGUCCUGUACCGAUCACCAGUCAAAGGAAAAAUUAUCCAAAAGUGCAGAUUCCUAAUUCUAAAACAUCAACCCAUUCAAGUGCUGCACAUUAUGCACCGCCUCCAAGCACUAAUUUUGAUCCACGGGUUCUGGUUGACAGAACCUCUGCCGGUGAAAUUAUUCAAAAACUCGCAAAUUUCCAAGAACAAUUGAAUCGGAUUGAGAAGAUUACUGUGCAGACAGCCUCAAAGGUAGUUGCACUGAGCAAUGUAAGUGGGGACGUGCCCACAGCUCUGAUAGAAAUUCAAUCAAAGCUGUCAGAUCUUCUGUUAGUCGAAAAUAAUAGGCUGAGAGAUGAAAUCCUGCAAAAUUUACCGAUCAAUGAUGAUAUGGCUCUGAAUGAAUUUGAAGCCAAGUUAAUAGACCCGAAAUUUCGCUCUGCUUUUAUAAAGUUUAUGGCUACCAAAGGCAGCACUAAAAAUGUGUCGCUAUGUGUAAAGAAGCUAAUGAAGGAGUUGUUAGUGGAUACGUUUGCCAUCAAUUACUGCAUGACAGGUCACCUUGGAAAAAAGCCUUUUAUGGAUAACAGAAACCUUUUUGAAUCAAUAGCAGCCGCCACAAGAAGUUUUCACCCUCCCUAG